AUGGUUCACGGAUGCGUACCUGUGUCGAUGAUUCUUUUCUCAACGCUACGCAGCACGAAGCCCCGCAUCCAUUCCAACCGCCUCCGCCUCCGCCGCCAGCUCAUCUCCAGAAACUCCUCAGCUUCCUCCCGCCGCAUCACCAUACCCCCGCCGGUUCCCGUAACGCCCUCGUGCCCGGAACCAACAUGUCCCUGUGCACCAACUCCAGAAAUGCCCGAGGGGCUGGAGAUUGACCAUGAGCACAACCUGAAUGGCACCAUGGCGCCUUAUUCGCAGCAAGUGCUGAUUCUGACUGGGCAGCGUGAUUGGAGGAGUAGGAUUGAAGAAGAUGGGCUGGAAGAGGGUUGGGGGAUGUUGGGGAGGAGUUUAAAGGGGCUCGUUGGGAGGGGAGGGAGGUAUGCCGAUCCAUACAACAACAUCAUGAUUACAAACACCUCAUUCCAACCUCAGCACUCAACCGGGACCGGGGCAGCCACUACUGCUUCCGCCCUUCUCUUUCCCUCAUUCCGGUACAUACCCAAAACUCCUCUCGACGAAGCCGGCCUAGAUGCCUUUGUACGCGGCUUUCUUCUACCCACAACCCUCCACCCAGCCCACGACCCGCUCCCGGCCUCACAAAAAGAGUGCAUGCGCCGGGUCCCCACUCUCCAACACUCUUUCUUCCCAGAUAUGGCGCGGAUACGACACUCCCCCACCAUCCUGAUAUGCGGACACGGCCACCGCGAUCAGCGGUGUGGGAUUAUGGGACCCCUUCUGCAGACUGAGUUCCGGCGCGUCCUGCGGGCGAAAGGGUUUAGAGUAAGUGGCGGGGAGGAGAAUGGCGAUGGUGCGUUUACGGAUGUUGCUGGCUGGGCGAAUGUGGGGUUGAUAAGUCACAUCGGAGGGCACAAGUACGCGGGGAACGUUAUUAUUUACCUUCCGCCGUCGAUGUCGUCGGCGGGAAGCGGGGAGGGCGGGCCGGUGUCGCUGGCUGGGAAAGGCAUUUGGUAUGGAAGGGUUGAGCCGAGACAUGUUGAAGGGAUUGUUCAGGAGACGGUGUUGGAGGGUCGGGUUAUUUCUGAUCAUUUCCGUGGGGGAGUUGGGGCGAAUGGUGAGAUUUUGAGGCUGUGAGAAGAAAGAGUGGGGUGUCGGAGGGUAUGUAUGCGCUGUACAUUAGGAUAAAAUAGAUACCGUUUACAUUUACAUUUAGAUUUAGAUAUUGUGGAGAGGAUGUGGGCUUUUGGCCACUAGGCCAUGGACACAAUUAUACAUGUUACGCGAG